UUUCACUUUGAAUGUAUCGAUAAUUUGAUUUGCGUAGUAUUAUAUCUCAAAGUACCUAGCUGAGACAAAAGUGUCGAAACAGACGACAACAUUUCCGUACUAUAGAUUAGCGUAGUACGAACACUCACAACCAAUACUAGCAACAACAUGGCGUCGUCAUUCUUGAAAGGCCUUCCUGUAUAUAAUGAAAAGAACUUCAGUAGGUUUCAAGGGGACCCAAAUGGACGCUCCUCCUUCAAGAAACCGCCUGUGUAUCUUCCUGUUAAAGACAAUCCAGACUCUCAAGAAAUCGUGACAGAGAAGACAAAUAUCCUUUUGAGGUACCUUCAUCAACAGUGGGAGAAAAAGUGCCCUAAGAAAAAGCGAGAAACUGGUGCUGGCAACAAUGAGGAAGAAGCCCCACGCAAUAAACGUCCACGCCUUGAACCGGGCCCCUCCACUGACUCGCCGUAGCUGCUUCAUGCACAUAAUUGUGAAUAGACUGUUAAAGGGAUUAAGGAUUAAGUGGUUACUUAGUUGUGGUAAAGCCCCUUUUAUUCCAAUUUGAGGCUGAAAUCUUGAUCAUUCCGUUGAUGGAAGGUUAACGUUCGGACCUGUAGAAUACAGUUUUCUUUUAAGUAAUAUUUUCCCUAUUUUGAUUCAAGGGGCAAAGUGAACCAAUAUUAUUGUCAGUGAAAGUGUUUUAUGUUAAAGGCAAAGAAAGAUUGCCAACAAAAUUAUUCUAUGGAAAAGAGAAUACGUAGCAAUUUUAACUCGACAAGUUGAUUUGUAAGAAUUUCAGAGUGAGACUUUUUGUAGUCAGAAUAAUUUUGUGUAUUUUCAAUGCUUGUCUUCCUCUGCUACUAAUUGCUUUUAUGUUUAACUAAAGAAUUUCCUGUUGAUAACUUUAAAAAAAGCAAUACACCAAUAGGGAGGAAAGAUUUUUUGAUGACUGUAUUUGAAAUUUGAUGGAAAUGUAGUGGUAAUGUGUUUUUCUGUUCUUCGUGUACAGAAAUCCUUUCAUUGAUUUUAAGUUUAUAUAAUACUAUUUAAUUUGUGUUACAAAGAACAUGUAUCUUGUUUGUCCUUGUUUUCCUGUUUCAUUUGUUUUCCCUUCUCAUAGAAUUGACAUUUAGUUGCAAUGUGUGUAUAGUAGGAAGGAUAGCUUGGGAAUGAGAAGUCAUAUAACUGAUUAAAGCUGUAUAGAAAAUGCUGCUUUCAAUCUGAUGAACUAGACAAUGGCUGUCAUUGGGUAUAUAUAUAUAUAUAUUAUGUAAAAUUUUGUUUUCAGUUUGAAUGCCAUGCAAAAAUUGUCCUUUUGAUUUGCUUUGAUACUCUCCAUGAUGCAGGAUUUUAUACAGUUUCAACCAGGAACUAUAUUUUUGCUACUCCUAAUGAUGUAUGAAGGAAUUAUAUUUCCAUAUGCACUAUACAGUACAGUAUAUAUAUAAUGCCCCAGUCUGAGUGACAUACUGUAGUUGCUUUGGAGUGGGAAGCUUCCUAGGAUUUCAUUCUGCAGUUUGUGUGUGCAUGGAUUCCUUAAAAUGCAGAGAAGUAUCAUGUAUCCAGACCUGAGCUUCCAUGCCAUGGGGAGCAAGGUUUAAAUUGUAACUGGAAUUGUAUGUAUGUUUUAUAAUGCGUUAGGUAAUGCAGACAUAGAGUAAGUACAUUGAGUGCUUCACUGUUUUAUUUACCAAAAACAUAAUCAUCCAGAGUUAAAUGUUGGCAUGCUCUUAUAGCAGUGAGCAUUGUUUUGUCUAAUAUUACUUAGUGUUGUCUAGAUUUUGUGUAUAUUUGUUUUUCUUUUUGUUUAAAGCCAAUAGUGUUUGUCAUGUAGAUGCCCAGUGUGGUAAGAGUGGAAUGAACUGCUGUACCCAUUGUUUUUGUGAAGACAUUUCAAAGGAAGAGAGUUUGUUUGGAUUCCCUCCUGGUGAGUCAAUGUGAAUAAAAUUGUAUUAAUUUUG